UUUUUGGCCCUUCCAUGUCGCCGUGUGUUUUUGUUUGGUUUCGACGAAAAUGGCGGACGAGCUGGAAAGAGUACGGAUUUCAGCCGCGGAGAUACGAGCAGAAGCGUCGAGUUUCACAACACACAGCGACAGUGUAAAAGAAUUGCGAGAGGAGGAUAAGAAGCAACUGCAGCGAGACGUUAAAUGUCCAGACUUGCAUUGGUACAAACCUGACACUGUCAAUCCCUGCAGACAUAAAGACAGCGCAGAAGGAGCCAGCUCAGACCCUGUGCAUCUACCGGAUGAUUGUGUUUUUGGUAAUGACACCAAAAUGCCUGACUGCUCACCUAGCAGUCCUGGAUGCUCUCGCGUAAGCACUGGGGAGUUUCCAAAUGAUCACAGUCAAUCUGAAGUUAAUUUUAACUCUAAAGAACAUGUAGGUGUUGUUAACCACCAACUUAUGGAUGUUAAUUCUGUUAAAAGCAUUGAAGGAGCUGGUUUGCCCAGGUCACCGAAGCAGUCACGAAAGAUGCGUAAACCUGACCGUGAGAUAUAUCAGCCAGGGGGGCGAAGGUCUCAAGUACACAAAGAGACCAGGGUGAGCAAAGAAUUAGAUGGGGAUCGAAAGAGAGGGGAAGAAGUGAGUGUAAAAUCUACUGAAACAAUUACUAAGUGUGAGAAAGAGGAAAAGCGUAGAAACAGGCGAGGGAAAGAUGGCAGGACAAAACAAGAGUCCAGGGGAACUGUAGAAUCCCCAAACAAAAAUGAGAAUAUAGUAGAGAGUGUCACCGGUAAAGUCAGCAGUCUCCAUUUAGAAUCUGAGGAAAGCAAAGAUGGAGCUGGGAAGGAUGGUACAAACAGGAGAAAACCUAGUGGGGAAGGGCAAAGAAGCCAAGCGGGUGGAGGGAAUGAAGUGACUGGAGAAGACAAAAAAAUGGAGAGGGGUAAUGGGAAAUCUAGAGCAGGAAGGGAAAAAGGUAACAACCAGGUCUUUGCAAAGAAAAAGGAAGGGGAGGGGGUAGGAAAUGGCUCAGAAGCAGAUCAACCUGAAGGAAAAAAGCAGAGAAGUGUUGGCGGAAAGGAGGCGAGUCGUGACCAGAAUAUGAACCAUGAAAAACAACAAGGGAACAGGUCAAAAGUGCAAGGAAAACUAUCUGAUAGAACGGAUUCAAACCGAGUCAACUCUGCCUCGAAGCGAUACUCUCAGUCAGACAUCCGGCGUCCUCGAUACCGCACCUACAGCACGAGUUCGGCCAGUAGCGGGACCAGUAUGGACGGUCUGGCUGAAGCUGAGAGACUCAGAGGGGAGGGCCAUCAGCUGGCCGCACGCACUGCGGAGAGGACCACUGGACAGAAGGAGUUCAUCCGAGGGAGCCAGGGCCGCCCAAGGAGACGGACGGCACGGACAUUGUCAUCCACAGAUUCACUGGAGGAAAAUGAGGUGUGGGAGAGAGAAGAUCGAAGAGGCAGGGUUGCUGACGAAGCCAAGAGAACCCACAAAGGUCCUGAAGGGGGCGGAAAAGGGCAAAGAGCACCUGCAUCUAGCGGUCGAGGAGGAAUUUUAAGAGUUUCUUUGGAUAAGCAUUUAAGCGAGGAGCAAGCAAGUCGAAAAAACCCUAGAGGUCGUGGGAGGGGCAUCCUAGUGCUUCCUGCCCACACUGAUCUAACUUUGACCCCUGAACCUGGGCCUCAGCUUGGAGGAAUGAGAGGAGGAAUGGGCCUGAGCCGAGGAAGAGGGGGCCGUGGAGGAGGGACAAGACGCCUUUGGGAUCCAAAUAAUCCGGAAAAGAAACCAGCACUGGUAUCAAGCCAACAAUCCCAGCAUGCAUCUCUCCAGCAGGCUUUGUACUUGCAGCAGGGUGGAUGUGGGCCACUGCACUUUCUGGACACUGAUGACGAGAGCACAGGAAGUCCUCCUGUCCGCCAGGGCGAGUUUUUUCAAAACCAGCAAGCCGCUGCCAUGGCUUACUACAAAUUCCAGAAUUCGGACAAUCCCUACUGUUAUCCGCAAUCAGCCAAAUCCUCGAACACCCCACCACGUUAUCCUUACCCAUAUCACAUUCCCUACCAAAUUCCUGGCUCUAAUGGGAUGUACCCUGCCUCUGUGCCACCAUUUUAUGGACCUUAUGGGCAAAGUGGGCCAGGUUAUCCCUCUCCAGUGGGAUCUGGUCUCACUCCAGAAGAGGCAGAGGUGCAGACGAGAGGAGAGCUGGGAAAGUUGCUUCGGCUGGCUGACAGUCAGGAACUCCAACUCAGUAACCUGUUGUCCCGGGAACGACUGAGCCAGGAGGGUUUGGAGAGGAUGGCCCAGCUCAGGGCUGAACUCCUGACGUUGUACGAGCGGGUGAUUUUGACAGACAUAGAAUUCUCCGACUCUCAAAACCUGGAUCAGGCUCUGUGGAAGAAUGUAUUUUACCAAGUGAUAGAGAGGUUUAGGCAGCUGCUGAAGGACCAGACGUCAGACACCGCCCCACAGAUCAAAACCAUGCUGAUGACCAUAUUAGAAGAGGGGACAGUAUUCUUUGAUUCGCUGCUACAGAAGUUGCAGACUGUAUUUCAGUUCAAGCUCGAGGACUAUAUGGACUGCAUGGCUAUACGAGCAAGACCUCUACGCAAGACGGUGAAGUAUGCUCUGAUCAGUGCCCAGCGCUGCAUGAUCUGUCAGGGGGAUAUUGCGCGUUAUCGUGAACAGGCUAGUGACUCUGCUAACUACGGGAAAGCACGCAGUUGGUAUCUAAAAGCUCAGCAGAUUGCUCCAAAAAACGGGCGACCCUACAACCAGCUGGCCCUACUAGCAGUGUAUACAAAGCGAAAGCUGGAUGCUGUAUACUAUUACAUGCGUAGUCUAGCCGCCAGUAACCCAAUCCUCACAGCCAAGGAGAGCCUGAUGAGUCUGUUCGAGGAAGCCAAGCGCAAGGCUGACCAGAUUGAAUGCAGACGGAAGCAGGAAGUAGAUGGAGGAACCCGUGGUCCCCGAGGUCAUGUAGGUGGGCGUCGGGGAGAGGACGGCACUCGUGUGGAGGUCUGGAUACGUCCCACCGUGCAUCUGGGCACUUCUCGUCCGACAGGCAGUGAAUCGGGCAAAGACUCUGAGCAGGACGGAGAGCUGGGAGCUCUGAGUCCCAGUGAUCUCAACAAGAGGUUUAUUUUGAGUUUCCUGCAUACUCAUGGAAAGCUCUUCACUAAAGUAGGGAUGGAGAGUUUUCCUGCUGUAGCGAGUCGAGUGUUGCAGGAGUUUCGGGCCCUCCUCCAGCACAGCCCCUCCCCUCUCGGCAGCACACGCAUGUUGCAGAUCAUCACUAUUAACAUGUUCAUCAUCCAUAACGCACAGAUCAGAGCUGAAGGGCAGGGUGAAACUCGGUCUGUAUUGGAGGAGCAGACCAUAUCUCUUGGUUUAGCUAUGUUUGGUCUCCUUGUGCAACGUUGCACUGAACUCCUUCAAGAAACACCUCCUGAGCCCAUCCCAGCAGAAGAGCUGGGGGAGUUUGAAGAAAUGGACGAGGAGGAGGGGAUGGUGCGGGUGUCUGUCUUCCCUCCUGACCUCAGAGAGCUGCUCCCCAGCAUGAAGGUCUGGUCUGACUGGAUGCUCGGCCACCCAGACAAGUGGAACCCUCCUCCCUGCAGUAUUCAGGGGGCUCCAGACGUGUGGCAGUGUCUUGCAAAUCUGUGCAACUCUUUGGCACACGUGUAUCAUGGUGAGGUUCUGCUGUAUAAAGCUGAUGUAGAUGGAGAAGGAGAUGAGGAACUCCGAGUCCUACAGCUGGAGGAAGACAAAAUGCUCUCUGGCUUUGUCCCACUGCUAGCUGCCCCACAGGAAGCCUGCUAUAUAGACCAAGGAACAGAUAAGGCUAUAGCAGCUGACUGUAAGAGAGUGACCGUUCUGAAGUACUUCCUGGAAGCUCUGUGUGGGCAGGAAGAGCCGCUGCUGGCUUUUAAAGGAGGAAAGUAUAUUUCCAUGGCAACACCUCCUACACCCAGCGUAAACAAAGAGAACAAGGUGCAAAUGCAAGAACAGGAGGAUGAUGUCAUAGUGGAGGAAUCGUCUCUCUCUGCAUCAGAAGGGGAGAUCGAUGGAGAGAUGGAAGGAGACGGAAGUGAGGAUGAUAUCAGAGAGCUGAGGGCACGACGUCACGCUCUCACACACAAGCUGGCACAGCAGCAGAAACGGCUGGAUAAGAUACAGGCUGUCCUGCAGACAGGUGGGCAGCUGGAGAUUGAGAUCAGGCCACUCUAUCUGGUCCCGGACACAAACGGCUUCAUAGAUCAUCUGGAGGGCCUGAGAAAGCUUCUGUCCUGUGGGACGUACAUCCUGGUUGUGCCUCUUAUUGUGAUCACAGAGUUGGACGGUCUGGCUAAAGGGCAGGACAGUCGUGAGGGGAUCAGUAAUGGUGCCCAUGCCCGACAGGUGCAGGAAAGAGCCAGAGCAGCAGUCAUAUUUCUGGAAAAAGCAUUUGAAGCUAGAGAUCCCUGCAUCAGAGCGCUCACCAGCAGAGGAAACACACUGGAGUCCAUUGCCUUCCGCAGUGAGGACACGUCUGGACAAAAGGGCAACAACGAUGAUGUCAUCCUGGCCUGCUGUCUGCACUACUGUCAGGACAAAGCCAAGGGCUUCAUGCCUGCUGAGAGAAAUGGGUCAGUCAGGUUGUGCAGAGAGGUGGUCUUGCUCACAGAUGACCGCAACCUGCGAGUCAAAGCUCUCACACGUAAUGUGCCUGUCCGGGACAUCCCAGCGUUCCUGAUCUGGGCUCAAGUGGGCUGAACCACAGACUGACCUACCGCUGUACAAACCAGUCAUCUUCCACUGCGAAAGUUGGAGAUGAAGAAAUGAUAUCACACAGAGAGGAUGAGUGGGGGAAACAUACUACAAGCUUUUUGUCAAACCGAGCGGAGUGACGCAUCAUGCCACUUUACAAGAAAGAAAUGAGUAUUUUCCCCUUAAAACGCAGCGUGCAUAGAAAACCCGCUUACUACUUGAGGGUGAGAUAGACAAGAUUGGAGGGGGAUGAAACUUAGCUGAUUCGGGGGUUGAUUAAAGUACAGGAUGAAGAGGAAGCACGUGGGGUGUACGUGUGAGAGAGAAACCAGCAGUUGUGCUGUUUAGAGUGAAGGCUUGUAGUGAUUGUGUGGAGUCACAUGUCCUGCGGAUGCGCUAAUUCCAGCGCUUCAGCCGCUCUCAAAAGGCCUGUGAUGGCGGGAGCUCCAGUAGGGGACGCCAUGAGGCGGUCUCACUGUCCACUUCAGUGGCACAUGUGCCCCUGAUUGUGUUUUCAUUGCCUUUGUGCAUGCUUGGUUUGCUUUAAGCAUGAUUGUUUUAAAGCUCUUACGAUUUUUACCUGCUUAUUUAAGUUUGCGUUGCAGUUUUGACUUCAGUUUGGAGUGUCAGGUUCUUGUAAUAGGUAACAUGGUUUAGUUGUAACACACUCAUAACGGUUUGAUCUCCUGUAGUAGCAUCUUUAUAAGUGUGAAUCCAAGUCAGAAUAUAUCUGCUUGUCAAGUAAAUGCUGAAGUAAUCACAAUAGUUUUAAUACAGAAGAAUCAGGUUUAGUUUGAGGAAAACAAGGCUUUCACCACAUUGACUUUGACCACUUUGAAUUUGAUGUUGAAAGUUACCAUAAAGUUUAGCCGGGUCUGAAUGGACAUCUGCAUUUUUUUUUUAAGGUAGCGCUAACAGAAAACCUCAUUUAGUUUCCUGUUUUCCCCCCAAAGACGACAACUUGUAUGAACAAGUGGGUUGUUUAGAUACCCAUCACAACCAUCAAGAAGAAAACUCCCAUACUUUAUAGAGUCUUGGAAAUGUUUUCAUAUGUUCUGUGCAAUUAAUUUCAUCUUUAGUGGUUUGUCUGUGCUUGCAUUUUAGUGUUUUUUUCUUUUUCAGAGCUUAAGUAUUGUAGUUCUAACGGGACCUGGCUGUUUGUUCUAAUGCUCAAAUAUCACUCACCUCUGAUUACAAGUCUUCUCAAUUUGUUUUUAAUGUUGUCGAUUUCAUUAAAACUCAUUUCUGAGUUAA